UGCCCUUUGCCUGUUCCUGUCACAUCCCACCCAAACCCACCAACCCACCGACACCGUCCCGACCACUCAACCUCCAUCGCAAUCAAUUACGCGACCCGCGAAGCUCCAACAGUCAGGUCUCACUUCCAUACGACACUAACCCGCCCGCCAUCGCAUCGCGGCAUUGAGAGCGACCUGCGACUCUCACACAAUGCUCGUUCGCGGUGCGCUGUGCCGCUUGGCAGGCGACCUUCCCAAAACAUCCACACACGACCUGUCCCACCUCGCUCGCGCCUUUCAGAACAGCUUCGCCCGUCGCAAUGCCCUCUCGGUUCCCGUCAUACAUGCCAUCUCCCGCGCAUAUCGCCGCACCUAUGCCACCACAGCUGAGGCGACCACGCCAACCCCCACCGUGAAGAAGGCGGUCAAGAAGGCUGCUGCUGCUAAGAAGCCCGCCGCGAAGAAGACUACAGCAAAGAAGACUACCGCGAAGAAGACUCCUGCGAAGAAGAAGACCGCAAGCAAGAAGGCAGCUCCCAAGAAGAAGAAGGCCAAGAAAACUGCUGCGAAGAAGAAGCCUGCCGCAAAGAAGAGGGCCAAGAAGGUUCUCACGCCGGAAGAGAAGGAGAAGCAGCACAUCCGUGAGCUGAAGAAGCAGGCAUUGCGUGUGCCUUUCAGUACGAGAAAGGUCAGCGGCAGACUAGUAUAUACAGCAGAGGUAGCGAAGGGAGGAAAGGUUUCCCUAAAGGAAGCCGCAGAACAAUACAACAACAUUACACCGGCGGAGAAGGAACAUUAUAACCACCUCGCCAACCAGCAAACGGAAACCAACAGGGCAGAGUACCGCAAAUGGGUACACUCUCAUUCGCCCAACGAUAUCCGCCUCGCCAACAACGCCCGACUGGCAUUGCAGAAAAAGCUAGCCGGUAAAGUGAAAAGCCUCAGCCCGUUUGCGAAGAUAGAGGAUGAUCGGGCUCCUAAACGCUCCGCGCACCCAUUCUUGCGCUUUAUGCAGGAGCGCCAGGCUAGUGGAGACUUCAAGGACAUCAAAUUCACAGAUGCCUCGACUCUGAUAUCCAAGGAGUGGGCAGCCUUGAGCGCAAGUGAGAAGAAGCCAUAUGAAGACCAAUCUGCCGAAGCCUCAGCAAGAUAUGCACGCGAAUACGAGCAAGUCUAUGGUAUCAAGAGCAAGUCAGCAUCGGCAUAGCUUCCUUGCGCCCUAGAUCAUCAAACACUUUCUUCGACUAUUUCCUUGUGUUAUAGGGGUGUGAAUUGAACGGCGCAUGUACUUCUCUCGAUUGGUAUAGCCCGAUCCGGCCUGGCAGGUUUUCCUUAGGUACUCGAUCUGAAAUGAUGUAUGCGCUCUAUCCCACACGGGAGGUCACCAGGAGUCUUGUUAGAAGAUUGGGAGAGUUCUUCCAUGUGGUGAAUGCGUUGUAAACUCCCCUCCCAGCGCCGCCCUGCAACAAAGUUUUGGUUAUGAAUUAUUACAAUUCCAUUGGGUUUUCUUGUUGUGAGGCAAUGCUAAUAUGCCACUAUUGCCUACGGUGUACUUGCACCCGCUUUCCUUCCGCGGCUAUACGAAAAAGAGGAUUAUCCUUAAACAGGCCAUGUCGUCGUUAAACUAGCCUCAUGCUAAGCAUGGGCUUUGGGGUAUCGUCGUACAAAAUCCAGAACAUGCUCGCGGGGAAAUCCCGCAC